GCUAACACAGCCCUAUAGGCUAUAGUGUGAUGUACUGAUUUUGCUGGGGAAGAACUUUCAACUAAACUGAAGUAAAACCUCCAAAGAUCUUCUCACAUGGGAUCUAAAACUAAAACCCUAACAAUGGCGAAACUCUCACUCUGCUACUUCACCAUUUUCUCUCUCCUCCUUUCACUCUCUACCGCUUUCGAUCCAGAAAAGCCGUCCGAUCGACGCCUCCUCGUCAUUUUGGACGAUGCAUCUCUCAAUUCUUCUCACUCCAUUUUCUUCAAUUCUCUGAAAUCUCGCGGUUAUAUCCUUGAAUUCAAGCUUGCAGAUGAUCGCAAAAUCGCUCUUCAACGUUAUGGCCACUACUUGUACGAUGGACUCAUUCUCUUCUCACCUUCUGCUGAGAGUAUCGGAGAUGGAUCGUUGAAGUUGAAAGAUGUAUUGGACUUCGUUGACUCUGGUCAUGAUUUGAUUCUUGCUGCGAAUGUCAAUGCAUCUGAUUUCAUUCGUAAUAUUGCUUCAGAAUGUGGUGUUGAUUUUGAGGAUGAUACAUCAGCUGUGGUUAUCGAUCACACCAGCUAUUCUGUGACAGAAACUGAUGGGGAUCAUUCAUUGAUUGCCAGUGACAGUUUUGUCAAAUCUGAUGUGAUUUUAGGAAGAGAGAAGAUUGAGGCUCCUGUGCUGUUUAGAGGAAUUGCACACUCAAUAAAUGCUGCCAGUAGCCUGGCAUUCAAGGUUCUUUCAGCUUCACCAGCAGCAUAUUCUGCUGACCCGAAUUCCAUGGUGUCAAAGCCUCCAGUCUUGAUCGGGACUUCCAUCUCUCUAGUUUCCGUUGUCCAGGCUAGAAACAAUGCUCGAGUCCUGAUUUCUGGCUCUUUAGAUAUGUUUAGUAACCGAUUUUUCAGGUCUCGUGUCCAAAAAGCUGGGAGCUCAAUUAAGUAUGAAAAAUCUGGUAAUGAACAAUUCUUGACGGAGUUAAGUAAAUGGAUGUUCCAUGAGAGGGGUCAUCUAAAGGCUGUCAAUGUCAGACAUCAUAAACUUGGGGAAACAAAUGAACCUUCCAUCUAUCGCAUCAACGAUGAACUGGAAUACUCUGUUGAGAUGUAUGAGUGGUCUGGUACUAGCUGGGAGCCCUAUGUAGCAGAUGACGUGCAAUUGCAGUUCUACAUGAUGAGCCCCUAUGUAUUAAAGACCUUAUCUAAUGAUAAGAAGCAGGGCUUAUUUCAUACAUCAUUCAAAGUUCCUGAUGUUUAUGGGGUUUUCCAGUUCAAGAUUGAGUAUCAGAGACUUGGUUAUACAAGCUUGUCUCUUACAAAACAGAUUCCAGUGCGGCCAUACAAGCACAAUGAAUAUGAAAGAUUUAUACCGGUGGCUUUUCCAUACUACGGAGCUUCAUUUUCAACGAUGGCUGGCUUCUUUGUCUUCAGUAUUCUUUUCCUGUACCAUAAGUAGAGCUCUUUCUCCGGGCUAUAUCAUUAGGGCUAUUAUCUUAACAUGAAUACAGUCUGCGCUGCGGCCUGCGAGGAUCAGUUCAUGGUUCUAUGACCUUCAUUAUCUGAUGCAUUGCACGACGUUCAUAGUUAACAUGAUACAUUUUGGCUAUAUAAGAAGCGAUCAGUGGCCUAUAUGCAUUAAAGAUCAGAAAACCAGAUUAUGUUAGCAAAGGUACUUUAUGUUCUUUUCUUUUUUCUUUUUUGGGAUAGAAUUAGACAGAGUAUUUAGCUAAUCAAAGUAACUUUAUAGAUACCCGGUGAAAUAGACUGAUGUUUGUGGAAACUCUUCCCCUCUUAUUUUUUCUGUGUCCUGUUUUUUUGGGGUGACAAUAUUUCAACAAAUGCAUACUAAUUAUUCUGA